AUGAUCAGCCCAUCACCACAGUCAAACUUUCUGACCAACUCAUCAAAUCUACUACUGAUAAAGGCUAUUGUUGGUGCCACAACUACCAGUAACGCAUCACCCAUGAGUCAACCAGAUUACACUGUGCCAGUGCUUCCUUCAAUACUGCCUUCAAUCCCAGAAAGUAAGUUGGCAGAGAUGUUGGAAAGGGGUAUAUCGUCUGAAUCUCCAAUUCUCACCCAUGGCUAUGUCCAUGGUCAUAUACACAAGCACAAAAAUCACACUCAUAUACAUGGACAUAUACAUAACCAUGACCACGAUCAUCACUAUCGCCAAACCCAAAAUUUAUUGGCGCCUGAUUUCUCAUCAUCAACACUACAGAAUGGAGCUGUGUCGCUGCUGCUGUUGGAUACAUUUUGUCCAGAGUUCAAGGAUGUGGCUACUUGCAAGGAUGUAUUUUGUGAUGACUUGGACGACUGUUUCUACCUAGCUUGUGACGACAGUAAGUUCAUCAAUGAUGGAAACUGUUGUCAAGUAGGAGUAGAAGAAGAUGGUAAAAUGUGCUGCACUGACUCCAACUGUGUGCCUCUUUUGGAGACCCAAAAAUGCUGCAACGAUGUGAAUUGCGUGCCUAUUCUCAAAAGUCAACGAGGGUAUGAAGGACUACAUUGCGAUCAAUACAAUAGUAAAGAGGACACACUGAAAGAAAACAUAGUAUUGUGCUGUGAUGACCCAAAGUGCAAUGACUACAAGGUUUGCCACCUGUCUCCGAAUGGAGCUAGUGAUUACCACAGAUCAAGCUGCCAUCAUGCACAGGGCACUUUACCAGAAUCAGAAAAGAAUAAUCUUUGCGACUUGCAGAUUGCAAAACGUCCCCUUUUUGAGGAUUUGAUUAGUAACGUUCAUCAAAAUUUGUCAUCUCAGGAGAGCAUCGCUAAUGACUUGGGACCAAAUCCUCCAGCAGCGAAAAAGACCAAACGUAACCCGCUGAAUGAUUUUGAAAUACAUUUCCCCCACGAAUGCCACCCUGAAGAUGCCAAAGAGUCGACCUACCACCAUCAUAUUCACCAAUCCUGUUUCCACACAACUAUCCCAAAUGAUCCUGAUUCUGUCUACAAUGACGAAAAACUCAUGUCCGAUUUCGAUUUCAUCAUCAAGUUUAAUAAUUUCCAUGACAUGAUGAACAAGAAGAGUGCUCUCACAGUACCAUCAAAACUGGAUGAUGCAAACUCACUUUUACAGUACCCAUGCCAAUGGGAGCACUGUUUAAAAAAGUUGAACAACGAUAAUUUUAUGAACCAUAUAGUUGGGGACCAUAUAAAGCAAGAGCAUGAUUUGCAAAGAACUACUUCAUACCAAUGUGAAUGGAACAAUUGUAAUUACACCGAUGAAAACCUUGAUGCAUUGCUUCAACAUUUAGAGUCCCACAAGCAAUCUGAUAAUACUGAUCCAGCAAUUAUAGUAAACUCACCAAACGUGUUGACCCCAGUGUCUACUGCAAGUGUAAAUACAAAUGAAAAGUCACCAUCAGCUGUAAAGUCACCAACAACUACGAAGUCACCCGCUAGUAUCAAACACGAGUUGAACAUAACGUCAAUGUCAAUCCUUCCCAAAAAGAAAAAGAGCAAAGACUCCAGCAAAGCUGCUUGUUGCGCUCAAGGGCCUGAAUUCAAGUGCCAAUGGGAAGUUGGCAUAGACCAAGAUGGCAAACCUAUACCCUGUAAUGCCACCCACGAAUCUCAAUGUGGCUUGCAACACCAUAUAAUUAAUGACCACAUAGGAUCAGGUAAAUCAAAAUACAGCUGCAAUUGGGUAGGGUGCGAAAGACACAAUGGUAAGAUAUUUAACCAGCGGCAGAAGCUUUAUCGCCACAUUCACAUACACACAAACUACAAACCCUGCAAAUGUUCCAUUUGUGGCGCUUCAUUUGCCGUGCAGUCAAUGCUUGAUCAACACUUACGGAUUCAUUCAGGAGAGAAACCUUUCCAAUGCACAACAUGCGGGAAAAGGUUUGCCACAAGUAGUUCAUUAUCGAUUCAUAAUCGUGUCCACACUGGCGAAAAGCCUCUCAAAUGUAAGUGGCCAGGAUGUAACAAGAGCUUUAGCGAAAGUUCCAAUUUGACUAAACAUAUGAAGAUACACGAACGGGAGUUUGCUUGUGUAAAAUGUGGCGAGUCAUUUGCCAAGAAAGCUGACCUUGAUCAACAUAGUGAACUGCACCGGGACCAUGAUGUAAAAGAACCAAAGAUGGACAAAAAUAGAGGUGUUUGGAAGGAAAAAGUGGAGGCAGUUAAGUAG